CUGUGUUUCAGGAUGAGAGCAGCGCUGGUGCUUGUGUGUCUCCUUCCUGCGCUGACAGCAGGCAGCGUCGACCCUGUGCUCUCUCUGAAAAAUGGGCGAAUCAGAGGCCAGUAUGUGACGGCCAAAGGCACGGAGAGGCGGGUGAAGCAGUACCUGGGGAUCCCCUUUGCCCGGCCCCCCGUGGGGCCCCUCCGCUUGGCCGCUCCCCAGGACGCCGAGCCGUGGGACGGGGAGAGAGACUGCACUCGCCAGCCUCCCAUGUGCAUUCAAGAUCCAGAAAUAGUUGUGAACGUUUCUCGGGCCAUGUCGGUGCAAUUCACCCCACCGGAGCUUUCAGAGGACUGUCUAUAUCUGAACAUAUACACUCCGGCUGAGGCAACCAAAGGGGACAAAGUACCGGUGAUGCUGUGGAUCCACGGAGGAGGCCUGUCGAUAGGUGCGGCUUCUCAGUAUGACGGCGCUCCAUUGGCUGCGUAUGAAAACAUCGUGAUGGUUAUUAUUCAGUAUCGCCUCGGCAUCCUGGGCUUCCUGAGCACUGGAGACGAACACGCUCGGGGCAACUGGGGUUUCCUGGACCAGCUGGCAGCACUGAGAUGGGUGCAGGAAAACAUCGAGGCCUUCGGCGGUGAUCCACAAGCUGUCACAGUGGCUGGAGAAUCCGCGGGAGGCAUCAGUGCAUCUAUACUGACUCUAUCUCCACAAGCAAAAGGACUAUUUCAGAGGGCAAUCUUUCAAAGUGGAGUUGCAACACUCGGGAAAUACAUUACAAAACAUCCGUUGCGUCACGCCAAGAUUGUUGCCAAUCUUACUGGAUGCGAGCGCAGCAGCACAGAGGAACUGGUCCAGUGUGUGAGUGGGAAAAGUGAAGAGGAGCUUGUUGAGGCUACUAAAAAGAUGAUAGUCUACCUGGGAGCUGUGGUGGACGGAGUGUUCCUCACUGACACAGCAGAGGAGCUGCUCAAGAGGAAGGAGGUGUUGAGGGUUCCGGUGAUGAUGGGAAUAACCAACCAUGAGUUCGGAUGGAUGCUGCCUCAGAGCUUCAUCCCUCCUGGCUGGGAGAAUGGCAUGAACAGGGAGUCUGUGCUGGCAGCGGUGAACAUGUUCAAUCCUCGAGGGGUCUCCCUCGCCAACAAUCUCAUCGUCGACGAGUACAUGAAGGACGCCAAAACGCCCGAGGAGAUCAGAGACGCGUUCACCGAGAUCGUGGGCGACCUGCUGAUGACGCUGCCCGUCGUCAUGGUGGCCGGAUACCACUCAGAUGUGGGCGUUCCGGUAUACAUGUACGAGUUUGUGCACCGCUCUGAGAUCCACAAAGACACCAGGCCCAGCUUCGUGAGGGCGGAUCACGGGGAUGAUGUCGGCUUCAUGUUCGGCGGAUGUUUCUGGAGUGGACCGACAAAGAUCACAGGCAACAUCACCAAGGAGGAUGAAGGCUUCUGUAGGACCAUGAUGUCAUACUGGGGCAGUUUCACCCGGACUGGCUCUCCCAACGCGCCCGGGCUCGUCGUCUGGCCUCAGUACGACAGGCAGAAGCAGGAGUACCUGGAGCUGGGCCUGACCCAGACCGUGAGACAGAAGCUGAGGAAGGACCGGGUCCAUUUCGCUACCGUCGUCCUGCCUCUGAAGCUGGAAGAGUUAGCAGCAGCAGCAGCCAAAGCUAGACACUGAUGUUUGCAUUGGUCUAAAGUUUGAGAGUUCUUAUGCCUUGUCACUGUACCUGACUCAGACUGUCGAAACCUUGUCUGAUCUUAUUUAUUAAAGGAUUUACUGGC